AUUAGAACUAAAGUCUAAACUUGUGAAGAACACAACAUUAGCGGUUUAGCACCAGAAAGUCUAGAACUUGACUCGUACUCUCGCUUUCCUCGGUCGCUACCUGGGCCUUUUAAGCGGCCUAAAAAGAAUGUGUGGCAUCAAGGAAGAUUCUUCGGAUGCUGUUGCCCCUCGGAAGAGAUUAUUGUGCACCACCUACUUUGAUGCUCUCAUGUUUUGCUAUUCCCCUGUUCACCAGAUGCAGCAGUACUAUCGAGCUGGGCAGCUUGAUAACUGUUCUGGGAAGUGGAGUGGUCUUGUUGAUUGUUUAACUCUAAAAACAAAGAGAUCUUCUGAAGUUGAGGACUUGAGAUACUCAGGUAUCAAGACUCAGGCAGCAUGUGGGGGGCGCGAAAAGAGCAAUUACUUCAGUAUUCUGCUCACUUACAGAUUCCGCCCUACUAUAUAUUUCAGGUAAAUGAUCAACAGCUUUCUUUGCAUGGACGGAAAAAGAAACGAGAUACUCGAGGCACAAGACUCUCGUAUAGAAUGUGAUCUAGAAGGCCUGGAUGUGCCCUUGGUUCUUGUUCUUUUUUGUAAUAAUAUACUUAAACAAAAUCAUACAUACAAUCAUUAAGCAUUAUUGUUUUGAGGACAAUUUUAUGGUUAUUCCUAUAGGGAAAUGAUUGAUUGAGCAAAUGAGGUAACUUUGAGGUGUAGUUGGUCUAUGCACGAAUAAAAAAAACCUUAAGCGGAUUAAAAGUAUAA